UCUCUCCCUCUCCCACUUCUCUUUCUACCCUCCUCUUCCCUCUACCUUUAAAGCCCCUCACGUUCUUUCACGCAGAAAGGCGAGACGACUAAAACCCCUAGCUAAACCCUAGCUAAACCGGAGAUGGUUGCUCCGGCAGCCGCAGCCGCCAUUGCUCUCCUACUCAUUACAAUCCUCCUCUUUCCGGCGCCGAUGGCAGCGGUCCUAAUACCGACCGACUACCUUGCUCUGCAAUCCAUCCGCAAGUCUCUCUCCGACCUCCCGGGUUCUACUUACUUCGCCUCCUGGGACUUCACCGCCGAUCCCUGCUCUUUUCCCGGCGUACUCUGCCGCGAUGACCGCGUCGUCGCCCUUGCUCUUGGGGAUCCCCGCGCCGGCUCCCCUGGCCUAUCCGGUCACCUGCCCCCAACCCUCGGCCGCCUCUCUGCUCUGGCCGAGCUCUCACUCGUUCCCGGCAGUGUCUCCGGCCCCAUCCCUACGUCUAUCUCCCUCUGCUCCACUCUCCGUUUCCUUGCUCUGUCACGCAACCUCCUGUCCGGGCCCAUUCCUCCUUCCCUUUCCUCACUCGCCCACCUCCGCGUCAUCGACCUCGGCUUCAACUUCCUCUCCGGCACCAUCCCCCCUCUCCUCCCUCGCCUCCCCUCUCUGUCCACCCUCAUUCUCGCCGGCAAUCGCCUAUCAGGCCCUAUCCCUAGCUUCGCCCUGAACUCCCCUCUCGUUCGCCUCGAUCUACAGCACAAUCGCCUCUCCGGGCAAAUCCCCGUUUCCCUACCCACCUCCCUCCGCUACCUCUCCCUCUCCUCCAACCAACUCUCCGGCCCUGUAGACCGCAUUCUCCCCUCCCUCCACCGCCUCAGCUUUCUCGACCUCAGCUCCAACAGCUUCUCGGGCCCCAUUCCCGGCUCCAUUUUUGCCCUCCCCCUAUCCUCUCUUCGUCUCCAGCGCAACUACUUCUCCGGCGACCUCCGCCUAUCCGGCCCUGUCCGUAUCCCCUACAUUGAUCUCAGCUUCAAUCGCCUCGGCGGGAGAAUUCCUGCCGCGUUAUCAGCGGCGGAAUGGCUCUACUUGGAUUACAAUCGCUUCAUCGGCGAAGUCCCGACCGGGUUUGUGGAUCGGAUUCUGAAGGGGGAGAUGAGGGUUUUGUACCUGCAGCAUAAUUUUCUGACGGGAAUGGCGAUCGGACCGCCGUCGAAGAUUCCGAUGAUCACUUCAUUGUGCUUACAGUUCAACUGCAUGGUACCGCCAGUACAGACAGCCUGCCCGGCUAGAGCCGGCCAGCAGAGGACGCGGCCGGCGGAGCAGUGCCCCAAGUGGCGGAAGGUAUGAUCGCCGGCGUCGAAAGACGGUGAUGGACGAGAAGCUAAUUCUUUUUUCUUUCUUUGAUUUCUCUUUGGUUUAGAGAGGUAAUGGGAGAAAAUCGUAAAUGGAUUAAACUGUGCUAUAUACAUUUGCAAUCGACGCUCUUACAGAAGAAAAAAAGA